CGCGUCCGGGUCGUGGAGCCGUCGGCCGCGGUCUCCUGUGCCGAUGGACUCAGUGGCCUAGCGCCCCGGUUCCCGCCGUCCGUGAUCGAGCGCCGAGGCCCGCGAGGGGUCGCCGCCGAGGUUUCCACCAGCCCACAAGCAAGAGCAUGGCAGCCAUCCCCUCCAGCGGCUCACUCGUGGCCACCCACGACUACUACCGGCGCCGCCUGGGCUCCACUUCCAGUAACAGCUCCUGCGGAAGUGCCGAGUACCCUGGGGAAGGCAUCCCCCGCCACCCCGGUCUCCCCAGAGCUGACCCGGGACACUGGUGGGCCAGCUUCUUUUUCGGGAAGUCCACUCUCCCGUUCAUGGCCACAGUGUUGGAGUCCCCAGAGCACUCAGAACCAGCCCAGGCCUCCACCGGCACGAUCACCUGUGACGUGGCUCGGGAAGCCGUGGGGAAGCAGCAGCCUGGCGGCCAGCCUGGCCAAACCAACUCCAGGCCCCCGUCCUGAGUGGCCACCACCAGCUGCCGGGCGGGCUUCCUCCCCAGGCGCUGGGCUCAUCAGAGCCCCCCUCCUUCCCCUCCCUGAGAGUGAUCAGGCUGCAGCCAACACAAGCAGUUGGGUUUUUAAUAUCAAAACAGCAAAACACCAAAAAGGAAGUUGAGAGAACUCCACUCUUUACUGUCCAAGCCACAUGAGAGCCUUCCCGGCACCCUCUAACCUGUGCCUUGCACCGAGUAGAAAAUAAACAAGCAGCCAGCAGCCA